AUGACUUCAAUUGGUACUGGUUAUGAUCUUUCAAAUAGUGUGUUUUCGCCUGACGGGAGAAACUUUCAGGUUGAGUAUGCUGUCAAGGCCGUAGAAAAUGGUGCCACUUCAAUUGGUCUAAAGUGCGAAGAUGGUGUCGUAUUUGGUGUUGAAAAGAUUAUUACUUCCAAACUAUUAGUUCCAAAAAAAAACAAAAAGAUACAAACCAUAGAUCGUCACAUUGGUUGUGCUUAUAGUGGGCUACUUCCUGAUGGGAGACACUUAGUUGGUAGAGGACGUGAAGAGGCUCAAAACUUCAAAAAAAUAUACGGAAGGCCUAUUCCAGUGGAUGCGCUUGCUGACAGAUUGGGACAAUAUGUUCAAGCACACACACUAUAUAAUUCAGUCCGUCCUUUUGGCAUCACCGCUAUUUUUGGUGGUAUUACUAAGGAAGAUCCAACUCCCUUUUUGUACAUGUUAGAACCAAGCGGUACUUAUUGGGGUUACAAAGGUGCUGCUACGGGGAAAGGUAGACAGACCGCUAAAGCUGAGCUAGAAAAAAUUAUUGAUAAAUUGGAAGAUAAUGGAGAAAAUUUAUCAGCAAAAGAUGCCGUAAAACAAGUUGCUAAAAUUGUUUAUAUGGCACACGAAGAUAACAAAGAUAAAGAUUUUGAAUUAGAACUAAGUUGGGUUUCCUUAUCUGAAACUGAUGGGUUGCAUAAAUUUGUUCCCGAUGAUUUAUUAGAAGAGGCAAAAAAAUUUGCAAUUAAGGAAACAGAAGGUGAUUCCGAUUCUGAUGAUAGUGAUUCUGAUGACAAUGAUUCUGAUGACAAUGAUUCCGAUUCAAAUAAUGAGGGGAAAAAAGAUGAUGACGGAGAUGUUAAAUUAGAAUAA